AUAGAGUGCAGCAGCAGCACAACUUUUUCUUUGUUGCAUUGUUUCUUACAUGGCCGGUCAAGCAACCUACCAACAACCCGAAGUUUUACUCACUUUCGCAACAGCCCAAGACACAAUGAAUAUAACCCAUAUCACAACGACUUCCACGCGGAGACUCUCGUUAGAGAGAGUCGCAAAGGCUGUCAAAGCCGUCAACCCUUUCAGGCUGUCCAAACGAAGCCUAUAUAAGCAGCCCGACAAUGCCUCACGCUCAUUACUCUCUUAUGAUGUCCACAUCCAAUACGACUGUGCCGCAGAUGGUGUCUGGGCCCCUAGCUGUGGCCACGACAUGAAGCUAUACCAUUUCGUAGGGCCACAUCCCUUCAAGUAUGUCAAAUGUCAUUGCGAACGCAUACUGUGUCCCGAUGAUCGUACUUCGGAGAUUCUGACACCGAUACCUUCACUGGCGUUGGAGGUCGCUGAAGAACGUUUCCAAGACCAGAGAAAGUUGAGAGAGAGCAGAUACUGCCAACUGUGUCGAGCAUGUGGCCUCACACAUCGCGGUAAAAUCGUCAAAGGUCGCAUUAAGUUUCCAACAAUGCCAUGUGUCUGUGGGCAGAUCUCAGGCAAAGAGUCAAUGUACUUCUACAUUGGCGAUAACACCGCAUAUCGGAACGAUGCCGAAGCCGUCACGGUAGAUAUCCGCCUCACGCAAAGACUGGAAGCAUCCCAACGGUGUAAGAGCAACAGGAUUCCUCUCGCCGAUUGGGUCCCUUCCUCCCCUGAUGAGACAAAGAAGUUUCGUCUAGCACUCGAUAAAGGAAGACCAACUCACGUCCGAGACGUUUCAAAGCAGGAGACUAAGCGUGAUAAGCGCCCCAAGCGACGAGCAGGUGGAUCUACAGUUUAUGCAUUGAAGCCAGAUUCAGGAUGGGAUGAUCGCGCCGAUGUCUCGUGGUUUCCAGAUUGAGCGGACGGAGCGCGUGAUGCUAGAUUCGUGCACCCGUUUUCUCGUCCACAGUCAUCCUGCUAUCUAGCAGCGUCUACUAAUAUACGUUCCACUCAC